AUGAGGAGCCCGCGCGAACUCGCGGACCGCUCUAAAUACUGCCGUUUUCACCGACAGCCCGGUCAUGACACCGAGCAGUGUCGAGAGUUAAAAAGGCAAAUUGAGGAGCUCAUCCGCCGAGGGCACCUCGGCCCAUACCUCCGGCCAGAUAAGGAGCUCUCACCACGCCCGGAGGGUCCCAUCGAGCGACACAUAGACGUCAUAACCGGCGGACCCGCGUCCGGAGGGAGCUCCGUGACGGGCGGAAAGGCAUACGCCAGGGCCUCCCUGGCCGAAGCUUCCAAAUAUGAAAAAGGGCCCGAAGUCACUUUCCCGACCGGGGGACCUGAGCUAGCCGAACAUGAUGACGCGCUGGUGAUAUCAGCCAGAAUCGCCAACGCGCAAGUAAGAAGGAUCAUGGUCGACACUGGGAGCUCGGCCGACAUACUUUAUUGGGAUGCCUUCCAGAAGCUCGGCCUAGUCAGGGAGAACAUGAAGCCGGUAUGCUCGACGCUCACGGGGUUUACCGGUGCCUCAAUCUCGUCACUAGGGGCUGUCACCCUGCCCCUAACUUUGGGAGUUUUCCCAAAGACCAAAACAGUGCCUCAAUCUUCGGGACCGAGGCCAUACUACCAUCCGAAGUAG